AUUUUGACCAUAUAGUGAUCUUUUUGGGAUAUUGUGGUCAUAAAGAAGAAAGUAAUGAAGUACUUAAUGAUAUUUCACGAAAGUUUUCGAUAUUACUAUUAUGGAUGUGACCUGGCUUUGAAGAUUCGUGCCCUGUGGUGUGGUUGACUUGGGGUGUAUUAAUGAAUAUAUGAGAGCAUCAGCUAGCGUAGCAUCUUGUGCUGUGUGGUGUUGUGUUGAUUUGUGCUGUGAAGUGAGUUUUGGAGUUUCAUUGUUUGAUUCAUUUGGAGUUGUUUUCAAUGUAUCUGAUAGAGAGCAAGGGGGGUGCCAUAGUGUGCAUGCUGGUGUCCCUGUUGUUCUUGGGGACAUGGCCUGCUGUAAUGACUCUGCUGGAGAGACGAGGUCGUCUUCCUCAGCACACCUACCUUGACUACACACUCACCAAUCUCAUGGCUGCUGUUAUCAUUGCUUUCACCUUUGGAGAGGUUGGCAACACUGCUCCCAACUUCUUGUCUCAGCUCCAUCAGGAAAACUGGCCUUCAGUUCUGUUUGCCAUGGGGGGUGGAGUGGUCCUCAGUAUUGGAAAUCUUUCAACGCAGUAUGCUUGGGCUUUUGUUGGCUUAUCAGUUGUAGAAGUGAUCACAUCAAGCAUAACUGUUGUUAUAGGAACAACCUUCAAUUACUUUUUGGAUGACAAGAUCAACAAAGCUGAGAUUCUUUUCCCAGGAGUUGGUUGCUUUUUGAUUGCUGUAUGUCUAGGUUCUGCUGUUCAUUCAUCUAACACUGCUGAUAAUAAGGCCAAGCUCAAUGAAUUUUCAGCUGAUUACAAAGAUGCAGCUAAGAACACCACUUUGACCACUUCGAUAGAAACAAGUGAAGUUGAUUCGAAGGAUCUAGAAGAUGGAAGUACUUCUGUACACAAAGCCAAAGCAGGAACUGCAGCUUUCCUCAUAGAGCUUGAGAAUAAAAGAUCCAUUAAGGUACUAGGGAAGAGCACUUUCAUUGGAUUGGCUAUAACAUUCUUUGCUGGAGUUUGCUUCUCUCUGUUCUCACCAGCAUUCAAUUUGGCAACAAAUGAUCAAUGGCACACUCUGAAGAAAGGGGUUCACCAUUUGAGUGUUUACACAGCCUUCUUUUACUUUUCAGUGUCUUGCUUUGUUAUUGCCGUUAUUCUUAACAUCAGUUUCCUUUACCACCCUGUCUUAAAUUUACCAAAGUCAUCACUCAAGGCUUAUUUGAGAGACUGGGAUGGAAGAGGUUGGGCUUUCUUGGCUGGUCUCCUUUGUGGCUUUGGAAAUGGCCUCCAAUUUAUGGGAGGUCAGGCUGCAGGAUAUGCAGCAGCAGAUGCUGUUCAGGCACUUCCACUAGUGAGUACCUUCUGGGGCGUUGUUUUGUUUGGUGAAUAUCGCAAAUCAUCGAAAAGAACAUAUCUGCUACUUGGUAGCAUGUUGCUUAUGUUCAUUGUAGCUGUUGCUGUGCUAAUGGCAUCAUCCGGGCAUCGAAAAUGAUCAACACUUGAAGGAUCAACCAUCGUAUCAUACAUAGAAUUCAAAGCUGCUGAAUUCACUAAUUCAGUGCUAUGUAGAAGUAACUUUGUUAUGGUUCCAAAAACAUGCAAUGUUUUCAAGUGUUUCCAAAGUUUAAUGUUGUUAAUCACAGACAGCAUAGCAAACUAUAUGGAAAAAAAAAUAGUGAAUACAGACCAUCUCAAAAAGUGAAUUUUGUAGAACAAGGUUUGCAUUUACAUAUAUAUAAUAAAAUUUUCUUAUUUUGAA